AUGGCGACGGCUGGAGUAAAGCGGUCAUAUGUGGCCACGGCCAUGAACGACGAUGAGGAUCACCACCAUCAAGUCGAGAAUCCUGCAAAGUUCAUUCGUGUUGACACUCGGAAUGGCCACUCUGCAUCGCCGAGCCAGCCUCAGAGCCCGAGGACCAACAGCAGCAGAUACUCGAUGGCUGCUUGUUCUCGACCCCAAACACCAAUCACAAGACCAGCGACUCCAAUAUCGCAUCUACCUGGCGAAGUGCCGCCGUUCCCUGCCGAUGCCUCCAUUGUCCUCGCUGGCAUUCGGGGAGCUGGAAAGUCCACACUCGCCAUCAUUGCCUCUACGGCUAUGGAGCGAAGGGCUGUCGAUUGCGAGAAGGCUUUCCAACAAGUCACUGGUCUGACCAGCUUCGCGUACAAAAGAGCACACGGUCCUGUCGAAUGCCACCGGCGACAAACAGACGUUCUUCGAGACUUGCUCGAACAAAGCUCCAAAAAUACCAUAAUCGUCUGUAGCUGGAUGGAACGUGGGGUGCAGACGCUCUUGAGAGACUUCUGCCGUACGCACCCAGUCAUACAUAUCGUACGGGACGUCAAAGCCAUUCAGGAGCAUCUGAAGAUCGACGACGAAGAGAAGGCAAGGAAUUUGUUGGCGGCGAGUAGCACCAUCUUCCGGACAUGCAGCAACGUCGAGUUCUUCAACGUCUCCGAGACUGCAGGCCCUUGGGUAGAGACCGAGGCUGCGAGAAUCGAGGCGCAGGCUGGCGGCCAGAAGCCGCCUGCCCCAUAUUUGACCCUCAAGCGGGCAGAGAGGCACUUCCUGAAGUUCCUUAGUCUCAUCAUGCCCAAGGGUUCGAUCCCCUUCAUUGAGUCUGCCUUCCCGCUAGCGUCCAUUCCCACGGAAGACCGACGAUUUACCUACGCCAUCUCGGUUUCCUUGUCUAGCCUUCUGAACAACGAGCUUGCCAUUGAGGAGCUAGAAACUGGUGCCGAUGCCAUCGAGAUUGUUGUUGACAGCAUUGCGGGCGCGACAUCACUGGAUUCCGAGAAAGCGGCAGACAUUGCAAGAAUCAUUGGGUCAAUAAGAAGGAGUACGGUCAUCCCUCUGAUGUACCAUGCCGUCCUUCCAGAUUCGUCCGAGUCGGUGUACAUGGACUACAUCCUACACGGCCUACGACUCUCGCCUGAAUACCUGACUGUCGACCUUCGACUGAAUGACUAUCAACUAUUGCACAUAAUCUCGAUGAAGAGGCGCUCCAAGAUUAUUGGUCAUUUAACACCAGCUGUUGACUCUCCUGCUUGGGGAGACCCGUUCUGGAUGUCGCAAUACCACCGGGCCCGACGCUUGGGGUGCGACCUUGUUCGACUCAUCAAGCCGGUAACCUCGAUCAAAGACAAUUUCGAUAUCAACCACCUCAAGGCCCUUGUUGAUGCUUCAACUGGGCACAAGAUUCCCCUCAUCGCAUACAACUCCGGCCCACGCGGCAGACAUUCAGCAGCCAUGAACCACAUUCUAACCAGCGUAGUGCCGGAACCGAUGGCAUCAACAUAUAACCCCAACCAACCGUGCUUGACGGCGGUCCAAGCUACGCAAGCGCUCUACAACUCGUUCCUCUUUGACCCAAUGAAGAUUUACGUCUUUGGUGCCCACGUCUCUUACAGCUUAUCGCCAGCUAUGCACAACGCCGCUCUCAAGGCGUGUGGUAUCCCACAUAUCUACCGACCAUUCUCGACUCCUUCACUCAAUGGGCUUCGAGAGCUGAUCGAGGAUCCCUACUUCGCAGGCGCCAGUGUCGGCUUGCCUUUCAAAGUGGAAAUCAUCACCCUCACGCAUUCUCUCAGUCGACAUGCCCAAGCCAUCGGCGCCGUCAACACCCUUGUUCCGGUUCGUCGGUUGAACCCAGAUGGGACUAUCCCAGAGGACGAGAAGCUUUUCAACUGCAGGAACCGUGCUGGGCCGGUGAGAGCUCUGUACGGAGAGAACACGGAUUGGAUUGGCAUCCGAGCUUGUCUAAGAAGAGGACUGUCCCCUGCAAACGCCGUCCGAACAACAAGCUGUGGCCUCAUCAUUGGCGCUGGUGGCAUGGCCCGCGCUGCGACGUACAGCAUGCUGCAGCUUGGCGUCAAGAACAUUGUGGUCUACAAUCGGACAAUAGCAAACGCGGAGAAGAUGGUCAGUCACUUCACACGCCUAUUGAAACGGCACGACCUGCCACUCCUCAGCGCAACUUCGGACGUGGAGACGAGAUUCCACAUCAUCAGAUCACUGGAUGAAACAUGGCCAGAGGAAUUCAGGCUACCGACGAUGAUCGUUUCCUGCAUCCCAACGCAUAGCAUUGGCGACGUUCCGGCGCCCAACUUCAUAGCUCCACAGGCCUGGCUCGGCAGUCCAACUGGUGGCUGUCUCGUCGAGUUGGGCUACAAGACACUUGACACACCGAUCCUGAACCAAGCACGACAGGUAUCACAUCAAGGCUGGGUGACGAUGGAUGGUCUGGACCUAUUGCCUGAACAAGGCUUCGCUCAGUUCGAACUCUUCACCGGAAGACGAGCACCACGCAGGCUGAUGCGUGGAGAGGUUUUCCGCGCUUAUCCUGAUGGACAAGACCGCUCUGCACAGGCACAACUACAGCCACGACUGAACAAUAUUGUCGAGCAGGAGCCAUGA